AUGUCAUUCUCUAACAGGACCAAUCUUCAUCCCUCCACUUUUAUUCUCAUUGGAAUUCCAGGGCUAGAGAAUGCCCACAUUUGGAUUUCCAUCCCCUUCUGCCUGGGGUACAUGUUGGCUCUACUGGGAAACUUUGCCCUGCUGUUCAUCAUUAAGACUGACCCUAGCCUUCAUGAGCCCAUGUACCUCUUUCUUUGCAUGUUGGCUGUGGCAGACCUGAUUGUGUGCACCACUGCUAUACCCAAACUUCUCAGCCUCUUCUGGUUCAAAGACAGGGAAAUUCCAUUUGAAGCUUGCCUGACACAAAUAUUUUUGAUCCACUCCUGCUCCACAAUGGAAUCUGGUUUCUUUCUGGCUAUGGCCUUUGACCGCUAUGUGGCCAUAUGCAAACCCCUUAGACACUCAGCAAUCUUGACCCACACAGUCAUUGGGAGCUUAGGGUUGGCUAUUGUUUUCCGUGGAGCUGUGUUACUCAGUCCUCACCCCUUUCUACUCAGAUGGCUUCCUUACUGCAAGACUAAUGUCAUUUCUCAUACCUACUGUGAGUUCAUGGCCUUGAUCAAACUGGCCUGUGCUGAAACCAGAAUAAGUAGAGCUUAUAGCCUAAUUGUUGCAUUCAUUACUGGAGGACUGGAUUUUAUAUUAAUCAUCUGUUCCUACAUUCUUAUUCUCCACACUGUCUUCCAGCUCCCUUCUAAGAAUGCACGUCUCAAGACCCUGGGAACCUGUGGAUCUCAUGUCUGUGUAAUUUUAGUUUCUUACACCCCAGCCUUCUUCUCAUUUUUCACACAUAGAUUUGGACAUCAUGUUGCCCCUCAUGUCCAUAUUUUUGUGGCUAACAUCUACUUACUGAUCCCACCUAUGGUAAAUCCUAUCAUCUAUGGGGUGAGAACAAAGAGAAUCUGGGAGAGAAUCCACAAAUUCUUUAGUCCCCAAAAGGCCUGA